UGGUGGUGACGUCAUCAGAGGGGGCAGUAUAAAGGCGGCAGGAGACAGACGUAGAGUCAGUCUCAGCCGGACCUGCCAACACUCAACAUGUACAAGGUGGUGAUCGCUGUGUUGUCCGUCUUCCUCCUUGUGGCCUCUGCCAUGGCCAGCCCCAUGCCCGACCCUGGCUAUGGUGGCCAUGGAGGACACGGAGGUGGAUAUGGCCACGGUGGACAUGGAGGUGGAUAUGGCCACGGUGGACAUGGGGGUGGAUAUGGACAUGGAGGACAUGGUGGUUAUGGCCAUGGCGGAGGACACGGGGGUGGUCAUGGUCAUGGUGGCUAUGGAUAUGGUCGUUGAAGAUAAUAAUGAAGAUCUUAUAACGGACAUGAUCACUACCCAAGGAGAAAUACUGUACGCCUUCACGACACACUGUACUCUACAACUCUUAACUAACAUAACAAAGGUUUUGAUUUAAUAAAAUAAAAACUAUUUUCUUA